UCUUCUAACCCACCCCAGGUCCCAUUGGCUUCCUGGCCACAAGGGCCCAGUGCUGGCUCAUGGUCCCCCUGCUGUCCCCAGGACCCCCAGCUCCCUUUUCACUGCUCCAACAGCUCAUUCCCAACUUACACUGGAACCUGGGCUUGUUCUGCCCACAUUCAAGACUCUACACUUGCCCUUGUUCUAUUUCAUCACAUUUCUCCCGCCCAGCUCUCCAGCCUGUCCAGGUCUCUGAUGGCAGCACAGCUUCCAGUGUCACCCACAAGUCCCCGUUGGCCUCGUGUGGAAAAUAAACCCCCCGGGUUUUGGCAGGAAACUGUCCCAGUGUGGCAGCCACCCUGCUGGGAGCCACCAGUACGCACUGGGACAGACCACACAGCACAUGGGGAGCACAGUGAGCAGUCCCACCAGUGCCCCAAAUCCCACCCCACUCAUGGACUGGACCCACUGGAAAAACCUCCGCUGGCCCGGGGCUGCAUUUCCCUCCCCACGGACUCUGGGCGGUUGCGGGGGAACCGAGUUCACCCCAAACCACAAUUGCUGCCUGUGCUGGUGGCUCCCGGCCCCGGCGGAUGUGCUGGAAAUAGCCCUGGCGUGGCCACCGGCCCCUCCUCACCGGUGGCCGGGGAGCCCUAUAAAGGCGCUGGGGGACCUGGGGGCUGCGCUGAACACGGCGCUGGUGGCGGCAACAUGAAGCCCCUGGUCCUGCUGACCCUCCUGGCCCUGCUCACCCUCGGGCUCUGCCGCAGAGCUCCUGACGGCUCCGUCAGCGCCGCCGACUCGCCCAGCUCGGAAGCCUUCAUCUCCAGACGCGCCAGCGCCGCUGUGGUGCGGAGACCCAAGAGGAAUUACGUCUAUGGCAGCAGCGUGUACGGGGCCGUGCGGGACCCGCUGGAGGCCAAGCGCGAGGUUUGCGAGCUCAACCCCGACUGCGACGAGCUGGCCGACCACAUCGGCUUCCAGGAGGCGUAUCGGCGCUUCUACGGCCCCGUCUGACCCCCCUGUGUCCCCCCCGCCACGCUGUGGCCCUGCAGGUGCUGGGGCUGAGCCCAGAGCGCCAACACCCCCCCAGCAUCCCUCCUGUUACCCCCUUUCUGUUAAUGAUGGAAAGAAAUAAAUGCACAAAUGGUG